AAUGGCGACUGACACUGAGAGGAUCGUGUAGGAGUCGAAGCUAAUAAACGUUGAACAGCAUCACUUUCACUGAAGUUUCUGCAACGCAUUAAAAGGGAGAAGACGUCGGAGGAGAUGCUGUGUACGACUAUUGAACAGAAUGAGGCAGAAGGAGGGGGAAUUGUCUGCUAAUCCGGCUGCUGAGUGACAUGCUAAGAGGAAAUGCGAUGCUACCCAGCGGACCAAUCACAGCUGUCGCGUUUCUGCGUCAUCGCGAUUAGUUACAUUUGUCGGGAAGUAGACGCAGACGCAGAAGUAGAAACUGGCCUGUAGUCACAGGGCGACGGCGACCAAAUCUUCUCUUCUCACUUACAUGUCACACGACAGCCUCCUCCGGUAUUAAAAAGACUUAACUACACUGCUGGAAGUGGGUGAAGAGUUAAAUGUUGGAAAGAGCGCAGAGUGUUCGAGUGUCUGGACAGAAAUCAACUUAAACAAAUGUUGUAGCAAGAAGAUAAGGUUAUGCAAGAUACGAGAGGAGAUACAUAGAAGUUAAAAGAGGCCGAAAGCAAGGGAACAGAACAAAGGCAGACAAGAGACAGAAGGAAAAUAACAAGGAGCUUUGCUCGACAAAGGACACGGCUGGAUCAGAGGUUGGAGAAGGCAAAGUUGACAACAGAUCAGAAAGAGAAGACAAAAAAAAAAACCAAAGCACCAUGUCAUACCGGUUCUUUGAGGGGAAGGAUCAUGCCACCAUCUACCAAAAGUAUCGCUUUAUGCCUCCAGAUGAGCUCAAGACUGUUAUUCUUCAGUACCUAGAUAAAAAGAAGGGACCGCCACAUGUGCUGGCAGUGGAUCUGGGAUGUGGAACAGGUCAGAAUUCCCGUCUAUUUGCACCAUUCUUCCAAGAUGUGGUGGGCAUUGAUGUCAGUGAGGGUCAGCUGGAGGAGGCCAGAGCUGUGCCGGGGUUCCCCAACAUCACAUACAGGAAGGGGCCAGCAGAGGAACUUCCAUUUGCAGAUGGCUCUGUAGACUUGCUGACAGCUGCGUCAGCAGCCCACUGGUUUGAUCAGACGAAGUUCCUGGUUGAGGCAAAUCGGGUUCUGAAACCACGAGGCUGCAUGGCUCUGCUGGGCUUCACUGAUACCACCACCAAAUUUCACUACCAGAACUGUGGAGAACGACUCAGCGACAUCUAUCAAGAGGUGAAGCAUGUGCUGGAGCCAUACACUGGUGACCCAGUAGCUCGAUCUGAGGGUAGGCUGCAGGAGCUGUACUCCGCCAUCCCUUUUCCAGACAAAGAGAGGAUUGAGUGUAUUCCAGAGAAGUCUAUCAUCACAGUGGGAAACCUGGUGGGAUUUAUUGAGACCUGGUCCAUGUUCCAAGCUUACAGGAAGAAAGACCCUCAGGGUGCUCACGACCUGCUGCUCAACACUCAGAAGAAGUUUCUGGAGGAGAUGGGAGUGACGUCCCUUGACACUGAAGUAGAGCGGGUGCUGGAAUAUUUCUGUGUCCUGGCAUCAAAACCACAAUAAUCAACACUAUAGCACUGGAUGUAUGUUUUGGGAGGGAGAGACACGUGUGUAUGUGUAUAAGAGAUGUUAAAAUUUGGAAUUUAUGAAAUUAAAAACAUUUAAUUUUUGA